ACUUCAGCAGGAAUCAGAGUCUGUUCAGAGAACUCCAUUUGUUCAGGGUUUUUGUUGUUCCUCAUGAGAUGAAAUGAGAUGAAAUGAGAUGUUUCCUGUGAGUUAGCUGCUCCUCUGUCGUAAACAGGAUGUGGCAUGUAGAAGGCUGUGUACAGUCUGAACUCUGAAGUCGGUGUUUUGUUGCUUUGUUUGGAGAAAAAGCGCCUCAUAAUCUGAAUCAUGUGAGUAAUGUGAACACCUGUGCGCGAGCUGAAGGCAGAUCAGACCCUGCUGGAAUCAGACCCUGCUGGAAUCAGACCCCGGCUUCUGGUGAUCAGAGCAAGUUGCAGUGUUUGUUCCUCCACCAGCUUAAGGACAGAAUGGAGAACGGUUCCGGUUCUGGUUCCGCUUCUGGUUCCGCUUCUGGUACGGGUACCAGUACCGGCGUAUUAAACAGACAGCGCUCUGGGGGAGCAGAAGAGUCCCAGCCCAGAGAGAUGAUGCAGCUGAAGAAGGAGAUCUCGCUCCUGAACGGGAUCAGUCUCAUCGUGGGAAACAUGAUCGGCUCGGGGAUCUUCGUCUCUCCUAAAGGCGUGCUGAUCUACAGCGCCUCCUACGGGCUGUCGCUGAUCAUCUGGGCCAUCGGGGGAAUCUUCUCCGUGAUCGGCGCUCUGUGUUACGCUGAACUGGGCACCACCAUCACCAAGUCGGGUGCCAGCUACGCCUAUAUCCUGGAGUCGUUUGGAGGCUUUCUGGCGUUUAUUCGGCUCUGGACGUCGCUCCUCAUCAUCGAGCCCACCAGCCAGGCCGUCAUCGCCAUCACCUUCGCCAACUACCUGGUGCAGCCGCUGUUCCCCACCUGCGAGCCGCCGUACUCCGCCUCUCGGCUCAUCGCCGCAGCCUGCAUCUGUUUGUUGACGUUCAUUAACGCUGCGUAUGUGAAGUGGGGCACCAGAGUGCAGGACAUCUUCACCUACGCCAAAGUUCUGGCCCUCAUCGUCAUAAUCAUCACGGGCAUGGUGAAGCUGUGUCAGGGUCGUACAGAAAACUUUGAGGGUUUCUUCCAGGGGUCGUCUCGUGACCCGGGAGACAUCGCCCUGGCCCUGUACUCCGCCCUGUUCUCCUACUCGGGCUGGGACACUCUGAACUUUGUCACUGAGGAAAUCAAGAAUCCAGAGAGGAAUCUUCCUCUGGCUAUAGCCGUGUCGAUGCCCAUCGUCACCGUCAUCUACAUCCUGACCAACGUGGCCUACUACGCCGUGCUGGACAUGAGCUCCAUCCUCGCCAGCGACGCCGUGGCAGUGACGUUUGCUGAUCACACUUUAGGUGUAAUGAGCUGGACUAUCCCCAUCGCUGUGGCUCUGUCCUGCUACGGUGGACUCAACUCCUCCAUCAUCGCAGCGUCCAGGCUUUUCUUCGUCGGCUCUCGGGAAGGUCAUCUCCCUGACGCGUUGUCCAUGAUUCACGUGCAGAGGUUCACGCCCGUCCCUGCGCUCCUCUUCAACUGUGCCAUGGCUCUGAUCUACCUGACCGUGCAGGAUGUGUUCCAGCUGAUUAACUACUACAGCUUCAGCUACUGGUUCUUCGUCGGUUUGUCCAUCGCUGGACAGAUCUACUUGCGCUGGAAAGAUCCGGAGAGACCGCGGCCUCUGAAGUUGUCCCUGGUGUACCCCGUGGUGUUCUGCUUGUGUACGGUGUUCCUGGUUGCAGUUCCCCUCUACAGCGACACGCUCAACUCCCUCAUCGGCAUCUCCAUCGCUCUCUCGGGCGUUCCCGUUUACUUCCUGGGCGUUCACCUCCCCGAGUCCAAGCGGCCGCCGUUCAUCACCACACUGCUGCGUUCUGUCACUCGAUUCACUCAGUUCACGUGUUUCUGCGUGCUCACAGAGAUGGACCCGGUGGAUUAAAUCGUCCAUCACGUCUAAAAGAACUGCUUCAUCAGCCCAGUGUGUUUCUCUGAGAGACCUGAACACACACACACACACACACACACACACACAGUCAGUGCUGGACACCUACAGUCAGGUGAAGGAGCUCAGUCAUGUGACCCAGGGCGUGUCCUCCUCUCAGGGACGAGUGUGAGGGGCCUUAUGGAGGACGUAAGCUGAUGGAUUUCUGAUUGUCUUCCCGAAAGAUAUUUAUCCGUCUGUGUGUUAGAAGUCUAACGGACACUUUUUAUGAAUUCUUUGUGAUUGUGUAAAAAAAAACAAAUUAUUUAUUAGCUACUUUUAUUUGAGAUAUUUUGGAUAUAUUUAGAACAUGCCUUCUACACUGCAGUGAUUUACGUUUUGGCGAGUGAAAAUAUCUCGGAUAUAGACAUUUAUCUCAUUUCCUGUUACAGUAAAUCAAGCAUGAGAUAAUUAAACUUAAAAACAUUUAUGUCUAGAAAAAGAAGAAAAGUUAUCUGCGAAUAGAACAAUAAAAUAUAAAGCUCUAAAUUAGUAAAAGUUUAAAAAAGGCUUAAUGAUUGUACAUUGGAUUAUAUUUGACUUAUUAUUUAUCAUUAAUGAUUAAUUUGUCCAUGUUUAAGAUAUUUUCACUUCAUGUCACUUUUUCGCAGUUUACUUUGCUUUGGGAAUUUUAUUUUCCGAUGUAAUUAGUUGUGCGUGGAUUUGGAAAGGGAAACACAAUGACCACAAGCCUUAAAGAAGACGAAAAAUGGCUGACACACACAGGUGUGUUUUUCACGUCAUCACGUGUUCGGUGUUUGUUUAAACAGCUUUCGCAGGUGAUCACAGAACGAGAGAUUUAUCACUAAACACUCUUUAAUGAAUUGUUUGAUUUCUUUUGUAGACGAGGCGUGUGUUUUGUUUUCAUACUCUGCUUUGGAACAUCGUGAUCAUAAAUCUGAUUCACAGGAAUUUAUAUUUCCUGAUUUUUAAUUGUAGUGCAAUGAGGAAAGUGUGAAGAUGUGGUUCUAUCAUAUACGCUGUUCAGAGAGGACUGAAGCGGUGUGUGUGUGUGUGUGGAAAUUCACUAUUAUGUACAAAACAUUUCAUUAUAGCGUAUUUAUCUAUAGAUAUACAAAAUGAACGCUGGAUUCUUUAUGCCUAAUGAUACAGUAAACUGAGUUCCUGAUUUUAAUCUCGUUCACUUUCAUAAAGUGCAGCUGAGAGACAAGUUUUAUUUAAUUUAUUUUGCAUCAAUAAACAUUUCUGAAUUUUGAAA